GUAUAUUCAUUGUCAAAAAACAUCUGAUUUUCGCGUGAAUGUAGCAACAAAACGGCAUUUUUGUGUGUUGUAAUAGCAAUCAGUGGCCUGAUUCGAGUUGUGAUAUAAAAUGUGUAAUUUCUUGACUAAAUGAAUACUUAUCUCAGAAGUAUGUUGCAAACAAUGCUUACCAACAGCUAAAACAGGUGAAAUAUGACAAACUGGAAAGUCCUAGGUAACCGGUUACCAAUAGUAGCCAGUCGAUCCGGAAUAUUACCACUGGGAACGUGGUAUGAACGCGAUAAGCUCUGUGAACAGCCGAAGCGCUCGAAUCAAUCGCAAACCCGCCAUGCUUUGUUGGAUUUGCGCCGAAAGUCAAUACCGGUAGAUCGCCAGCGGCAGGUUUUGCGCGAGCUAGUGGAUAAAUUGGACCGAUUGCCAAACGAGAAGCGCUUUGCCAUACAGGAAGGAGCAAUAGAUUUGCUAAAGGAUUACCUUCACUCACCGGAUCCGGCCAUUGUGGACAAUGCUCGACUUGGCUUGGCACUGCUCGGAUACCUGCCAACGCUUCCAGGGCCUGGUAUUCGGAUUCUAAGCAUUGAUGGAGGAGGAAUCCGUGGUCUUAUCGUAAUGGAGCUGCUUCGUAAAAUCGAAAAGAUGACUAAUCGAAGGAUAUUCGAAUUAUUUGAUCUAGUUUGCGGAGUGUCAACUGGGGCGAUACUGGUUUGUGCUCUUGCUUCAGAAAAAAAUCUAACGCUCGACGAAGGAAUCCAUCUCUAUAAGAAAAUGAGUCGCAAAAUGUUUCACCGGCCAUCCACAUUGGAUAAACUUACCGGUGCAUCGCGUCUAGUUUCAAGUCACGCUUAUUACGAUAUAGAUUUAUGGGAAACGCUUCUAAAGCGUCAUAUCGGUCAUCGGAGAAUCAUAGAUACCUCUCAACUACCUCAUGUUCCAAAGUUUUGCUGUGUUUCGACCACCAUCUGUGAAGACUACAUCGAUGCACACGUAUUUCGAAACUACACAUUCCCUCUGAACGUACAGUCAGUAUACUCUGGUAGCCACUCAGCUCGGCUGUGGGAAGUGGUGCGGGCAUCGUCCGCAGCGCCUGCAUAUUUUGGUGAUUUUCAACUUGACGGUCAGUUGCAUCAGGACGGUGGAAUACUGUACAACAAUCCAACAACGGUAGCUAUUCACGAAGCAAAGUGUUUGUGGCCUGGCGAACGAAUACAGUGUGUGGUUUCGUUUGGUACGGGUAGAACACAAAACCGGCCCAGUGAUUGGAAGGAUGGCCAGAAGAUUAUCAGCCCUACUAUGCUCGAACGGGCGUCUCUUUCCAGCUCUUGGAAAACCAAAUUUCUAAGAAUUCUGGACUCCGCAACGGAUACGGAAGCGACUCACACCAUCCUAAGUGAUCUCUUGCCUCCCGGUCGUUACUUUCGCUUCAACCCAUAUUUGACUGAAUUUCUCUCGAUGGUCGAAGUACGCCCGGAAAAACUGGCUCAACUCGAACGCGACACCUUAGAGUAUUAUAGGCGCAACGAGGACAAAUUCGAAUUGGUAGCAGAUUUACUUACCCGUAAACGGAGUAUUAUCUCGAAGACGUACGACUCGAUUAGGGCUGCUUUUAGUUAGUUUUCUUAAAGAAAUUUAUUAUUUUUAAGUGGUAAAGUUUCAUAGUUUUCGACAAGCGUUAGAGUAACAUAGGCCCCACAAGCAAUCAUGUAUUAAGGAUCCCAUCUGUAACAAGUCAAUUAGUUUACCACUAUUUAUUUCGAACAUUUUGUUUACAAGUUUGUUGUUAUGUUCAUACGUAAGUAUCGUUUACAUUGUGAUUUAUGUUACCGGACUGAGGAGCUAAUUUAACUUCUCUAAGAAGCAAGAAUGCACGAAUAAACAAACUCUUCGUGUGAAAUACAAUUGACCACAGCAA